AAAAUAUAAGAAGUUAAACAAUUUCUGACUAAGUGUGUGGCCAGCCUUACUGAGAAUAUUGUCGUCAGCUGCCACUGGGAAAAGUGAAUCAUCAGUUAAGGUGUUGGUCCAGUUGUCAAAUAUUUCAACGAAAGAAGAAUGUCUUCCAGGAAAACCGCAGGUCGAAGGGCAACCACUAAGAAGCGUGCUCAGAGAGCAACUUCCAAUGUGUUCGCAAUGUUUGAUCAGGCACAGAUUCAAGAGUUUAAGGAAGCUUUCAAUAUGAUUGAUCAGAACAGGGAUGGUUUUGUUGACAAAGAAGAUCUACAUGAUAUGCUUGCUUCUUUGGGCAAGAAUCCCACCGACGAGUAUCUGGAAGCCAUGAUGAAUGAGGCACCAGGACCCAUCAACUUUACUAUGUUCCUUACACUGUUUGGGGAGCGGCUGCAAGGAACCGAUCCUGAAGAUGUAAUUAAAAAUGCUUUUGGGUGCUUUGAUGAAGACAACAAUGGUUACAUCAAUGAAGAGCGACUACGUGAACUGCUCAUUUCCAUGGGGGACCGGUUCACAGACGAAGAUGUGGAUGAGAUGUACAGGGAAGCACCUAUCAAGAAUGGUAUGUUUGAUUACAUCGAGUUUACUCGCAUACUGAAACAUGGAGCCAAGGAUAAGGAUGAACAAUAAAAAACCAACAAUAUAUUCCAUGUUUGAAAUCUUUUGUUGAAUAUAAAAUGUGUUACCGUUUAAGCAUUUUUAAUAAAUUAUUUUUUUAAUGUUGCAUACAAUGUCAAAUCUUGUUAUCAUCAGUCAUGUAUUUUACAUUAGCAUUUAAGGACAUUUUCAUAAACAGAACUUUUAUAAUUUG